GCGGCCGCUGAUCCCACAAAUACCUUCAAAAUGCCUGUUGUAUCCGUUAGAACCAUUGGCUAUUUAAUCGUUAAUCUGAAUGUAGGUGGGACUUUCACAUGGACAGUUUCACAUGGAAUACCCACCACAGCAGAUUCUGUAGGCAUUGCCUGGGGAAGCUGAAUUUUCCACUCGCUCUGCCUAAGUGGCAGACCUUAGAGGGUUCUGGUGAAAUUAAGUACAAGUUACUCGGGAAACGUUGUGACUAUUAAAUUCAUAGCCUAACUCCUAGUAAGCUGACCCAUCAUGCUGAACUCGGCUUGGCCCAGCCUGUGGUGAAGUGCUGCUGAGUACAUUGGCUGCUUGUCACACAUGACUGAUUGGAAAUCCAGAUGUUGUUAAACAACAUUCCAGAUUAAUAGCACACAAUAAAAUUGGAUAAUGGACAUAAAUUCUGGGGUUUAUUAUCUUUAUCUUCAUUCAGUGGUGGUAACAAAUACACUUUAAUGUUUUGUCUUUUUGGUAACAUGUGCAGAUCUUGUUACUUUGGAACGGCCUCAAACCAAUACUGUGGAAACUCCAUGUAUACUCUAUCUACGGUUCUCUCCUCAACAACCUGCUGACAUAGUCUUUGUAGAGGUAUGGAGCGAAGCAAGAACCAUGGAGGUUUACACAGGAGAGUACUGCGGAACAAGCCGUGGCCAAAGAGUAGACAACCUACAUUUAAAUGGUGACCAUGAACAAAUCCUCUUAUUUAAGAAGUAUUUUAAGUUGGAUAUUCCUAGUUCAUCCUGUGAACUAAAGCUGCUGUCUUUAGGUGGAAAGGAGAAAGUACGAAUUGGUAAAAUAUUGCUGGGAAUAAAAAAUGCUUCAGUUGGGAUCUCAAGAGGCUUUUCUCCAUUAGGAAAAAGCAUCGACAUGGAACGAGUACAAACAAUGAUGGAUUCAAUGGGAGCAAAGCUGUCACCUGGAGCUCAGCAACUCUUUAGCAUGGUCCAAUUUCAACAGAAGAAUCAAGCAGCAAUAGGUGGACUAUUUCAGGGUCUACUUGGAACAAAAGAUGUAACAGAAGUUGGAAAAAUUGUGAAUUCACCGCAGAUGUUCACCACACAAUGUGAAGGUGAUGUGAUCUCUUCUCAUGUAUUGAGCAACACUAACCCAUUGCCUAGUUCAAAACUGGAAGCAACAAAGGAUCCUGUAGGAGUAACCAUAUUUGAUGCUGAAUCCACACAAACAAGAGAUGGCUCAGUCUUGCCCAUUGGAGCAAACAAUAAAAAGAGAACUUCUGAUUCUGAAGACAGCACAAAAGAUGUAGAUCAACAAAAAUUUAAGAGAGGAGAUUUGAAAGAGCUUGUAUCGACAUUUCUGUGCAAGCAAAGUAAUGGGGAACCAAAUGUCUUUAGUUCUGAAAUGCUUCCUUUCCUUCAGGACCUUUGUGGUCAGGUGAAUGAACUUCGUUUGGAAGAAAAGGUUAAAGUUACUGAAAAUACCACAGCAGCUGAGGACAGAACCAAUGACAGGCGUUACCAAGAGGCUUUAUGUUCAAAAUUAGAAAAGCACAUUGCUGAACACAUGGAGUCCAUAGAAAAGAGACUGAAGGCUUACAUUGAUUGUCGAAUAAACAUGCUACAAGCUGACCUUGAUGAAAAGUUUAUUUCGCUCACCAAACUGCUUGAAACUAUUGUUUUGAACAGAACUGUGACUAAAAACUACGAGCGUGACACACUUUUAACAAAUGGGGAGCUUUGACUGAUUUUUCUUCUCAUCCUUUGAAAGAUUACAGUGAAACUGGUUUAGUUUCAAGAAGCCCUGAAUGUUAUAUUUAGUGCAAGGGUGUCCAAACAAUGACCCUGGCCAUAUAGAUUGAAACUUUGAGCCCAUUAAAUUUGUUGCUGAUAUGAUUCAUGGAAUAACACACUCCUAUAUACAGCCAGUAUGCAUGGCAAGUAACCCAGGCAACUCUGCUGCAUUUGUUUGUUGUAAUUUUAUCUUUGAGUUUUAUGGGCCUGUAAGUUUUGGGAUGGUCAUUUCUCAUUCUAUUGCCACACUAAUGGAUGAGUGAUGAGCUGUGAUGCAUGCUGGAAUGUGUCAAAAAUUUUAGUGGCAAGUUAUUGGGAACAGAAAACCAUAUAUGUGGCUCAUGAAUGUCUGGGGAUUGCACUUGAAUGGCCCACAGAAAAGCUUGGACUUUCCCAAUCUAACGAACACAUCACCAGAAAAUUGAAAUGAAAACUAGAACAUAUAAUUUGUUCCCCUCCUGUAAUGUUUUGAACUUGUGACAUUUUUGGAUUUAAUGUGUUCUCUGUUUAAAAAGAACAAAAUUGUUUGCAGCAAAUACAAAAUUACUAAAAUUCAAAGUUGAGUAGAAAUUGUAUUGUGAUUUUGAGACAAUGUGUUACUGGUGUUAAAUAUUUUUGAUAUCCUAUCAGUUGUUGUUCCUAGGCCCUGGAAUGGUUAAUAUUAAGAAUAUAAAGGGUCCUGAAAUUGAUUUUUUGACAUGCUUACCUUGACCUGUUCGGACAUUUGCAGGAGAAACUUAAAACUCCAGGACAAGUAUAAUUUAGCAUAUCUCCUUGAAAUGAUAAAUCAUUAAACGUUAUUUGCUGUCUCACUACUCUCAAACAUUCAUUUCAACGUGUUAAGAAAGAUUUGUAAAUCACUGCCAUUAAUCACCAAUCUAAUUUUUUUAUUCAUUCAUUGACUGGACGUAGGUGUUGCAGGCUAGGCUAACAUUUAUUUGCCAUCCUUAAUUGCCCAGAGAGUAGUUAGUGUGAUUAAAUACAUAUUGAACUUCAGGAGAACAAUUUGUAUCCUGUUGGCAUUCAUACUAAGAUAGUAGCAGUGUAAAAUUAACUUGCACUCUAAGUUGAUGAUGGUGUUAACUUCUCAGUGGACCUGCCUCAAGAUGGAGCUGCAAUGUUGUAUUAGAAGCAAGAAAGGUGUGUGGGUUUCUGAGCAGAUACAAUUGAAUGGGAAUUUAUCCCGAUAAAAUGUAAAGUGAGCAACUGAAAAGGGGGGAGGUAUAUAUUUUUGUAAUUUAUUAUAAGGUUUUCCAAAGUUUGUUCAACAUAUUGACUGUCCAAUUCUAGAUGAAAUACAUUUCUUGUAAAUGUUUUUGUGGUGAACUGUAUUUGGAAUAGUUUUUGUAACUGUAUAAAGGACAUUUGUUGCAGGUACUGCAGACAUUUCAAAGUCUUAAAAACCAUGAUAUCAUAUUUAUGCAGGGUUCUGUCUGAAUUUCAAAGUAUAUAAUUAAGUUUUUUUUGUAGAACUUAAAUUUUUGCAGUGUUCGGACAAACUGUUAUGAGUAAUUUCUGUUUUAUUCUGACUGUUUGAAGGCUGGAAUUAGCACAAAAAAACAAGUACCUCAUUAGAUUAUUUCUGUUUUAAGUGUGAACUUAUAGUCAAUAUGAAUACAGAAUUCUGAAGAAUCAAAGUUAUAAAUUUGAUUGUUCUUGUGACAGAAAUACUCAUUAAACUUAAAUAUAUGAUUGCAAA